UGUGUUGAUUAAAGUCUCACAAAUCCCUGUACCUCAAUGUCAGGUGUCUGAUUUGUGUUUUCAAGGCAUUUCUCUGAAAGAGAAGACAAGGAAACAAUGCCUUAACAGAUAUUACCAUUUGAAUCAUAGCCACAUUUCAGCUACUCUGUGGAACUGCCAAUUUAGUCUCAUACCACUCACAUAUUGCCAAAUACAUAUAUUAGGUGAUACGUAUGUUUCUAAUAAGCAAAUAGUUCUAUAGUAAAGUCCUAUAGUAACAUUGGUAAGUUUAAGUGAGAAGGGCAGCUUAUGAGAGUCUUUGAGGAGAAACCUUAAUUCCUAUACCAUAUAUCUAUGAUGAACAAACAGUCAAACUGUGUGAUUGCAAUGUGGAAAUCUUUCAUUUGUUAUCCCUUUUUAAUAGGUAUAUCCUGUGUCACAAUGGAUACAGGCCAUGUAUGCAUAGGGAUAUUGAAAGAAGCAGAACCCUGGCUCUCUCUCAGAACAAUUAAAAAAUAUAGUAGUCCACAUUUGCACAAACUUUCUCAGUGUGAUACAAGUUUAUAAUUAGGUGGUUUUCCAUCUUAAUUGGGAAUAUAUCCAUAAACUCACACUGCAGAAAAUCCCUAUGAGUACUAGGAUUGUGAAAAUUCUUUUAUGUUUUCCUGGUGUACUUUGCCAAUGUAGUAUGAAAAUGUAGAGUAUUUCACAAUAUAGGAAAAUUUGUGAAUGUACUCAGUGUGGUAAAGCUCUGAGCUCUUCCAUUUCUCUUCAGAUUUUUAAAAAAUUUCUCAUGGAGAAAAAGAAUGCUACAAAUGUGAGCCAUGUAAUAACACUCUUACCAUUACAGGUAUGCAAAACUGCCCAUAGUGAAGGGGAAACCAUGAAGGUAAACAAAGUGAUAAAAAUCUUAAGAUGUGAUUCUUCUUUACAAUUAGACCAAAUCGAAAAAUUAAUUCCUAUAGAUGAAAAGAUUCAUCAGUUUAAUGAAUGUGUAAAGCUUUCACUUGUGCCAAUUAUCUUUGCAGGCACGAAAGAAGUCUUACUGGAGAGAAACCCUCUGAAAAUACUCAGUGUGGUAAAGCCUUUGCAUGUCACAGUUAUCUUCAAAGGCAUGAAAGAAUUCAUACUGGAGAGAAACCCUAUGAAGGUAUUCAGUAUGGUGAAGCCUUUGUACAUCACAGUAGUCUCCAAAUGAAUAAAAAAAUCCCUACUGGAAAGAAACCCUACAAAUGCAAUCAAUGUGGUAAAGCCUUUACACGACAUAGUACUCUCCAAGUACAUAAAAGAACACAUACUGGAGAGAAGCCCUAUGAAUGUAACCAGUGUGGCAAAGCCUUUGCAUAUCAAAGUUAUUUCCAAGUACAUAAAAGGAUACAUACUGGAGAGAAGCCCUUUCAAUGUAAGCAAUGUGAUAAAUCCUUUGCCUCUCAUUAUCAUCUUCAAAGACAUGAAGGAAUUCAUACUGGAGAGAAACCCUACAAAUGCAAUCAAUGUAGUAAAGCCUUUACAGGACACAGUCAUCUCCAAAUGCAUAAUAUAAGACAUUCUGGAGAGAAACCUUACAAAUGUAAUCAAUGUGGUAAAGCCUUUGCUUUUCAUAGUACUCUCCAAGUACAUCAAAGAAAACAUACUGGAGAAAAACCUUUUGAAUGUGAUCAUUGUGGUAAAGCCUUUAAAUGUCAGAAUAAUCUUAAAAGACAUGAAAGAAUUCAUACUGGAGAGAAACCUUACAAGUGUAAUGAAUGUGGUAAAGCCUUUGUACGCAAUGCUAGUCUCCAAGAACAUAAUGCCACACAUACUGGGGUAAAACCUUACAAAUGUAAUCAAUGUGGCAAAGCCUUUGCCUCUCACGGUCAACUUCAAAAACAUGAAAGAAUUCAUACUGGAGAGAAACCUUACAAAUGUGAUCAAUGUGGCAAAGCCUUUGCCUUUCAUAGUUAUCUCCAAGUACAUAAAAGAACACAUACUGGAGAGAAGCCAUAUGAAUGUGAUCAAUGUGGCAAAGCCUUUUCAUAUCAAAGUUCUUUCCAAGUACAUAAAAGAAUACAUACUGGAGAGAAACUACAUAAAAGAAUACAUACUGGAGAGAAACCAUACAAAUGUGAUCAAUGUGGUAAAGCCUUUGCAUAUCAUAAAUGUCUCCAACUACAUAAUAGAACACAUACUGGAGAGAAACCCUAUGAAUGUAAUCAGUGUGGCAAAACCUUUGCAUACCAUAGUGAUCUUCAAUUGCAUAAAAGAAGGCAUACUGGAGAGAAACCCUAUGAAUGUAAGCAGUGUAGUAAAUCCUUUGCCUCUCGUGCUAAACUUCGAAAACAUGAAAGAAUUCAUACUGGAGAGAAACCUUACAAGUGUAACCAGUGUGGUAAAGCCUUUGCAUAUCAUAGUUAUCUCCAAGUACAUGAAAGAAUACAUACUGGAGAGAAACCCUAUGAAUGUAAUCAGUGUGGUAAAGCCUUUACAUAUCAUAGUUAUCUCCAAGUACAUAAAAGAACGCAUAUUGAGCUUGGCAGUGGUGGUACAUGUCUUUAA